AAAUAAGCACAAUGACAAAGACCAGUAAACAGAAUAGGAAAAGAAUCACCAUCCCCAUUUAUUAAUUUAUUAUUAGUCGUAGUUGUAGUAUCAGCAGCCCUGACGUCACUUCUUCUCAGAAUCAGUAUCUCUUAAUAAGUCUUCGGUCUUCAGUCUUCCCUCCAUUUUAAACGUUACAAUUCAACAAUUUCCUCUCCAAAUCCAUUUUCAACUUUUCUCUCUAACCCUAAAUUCCCCAUUUUUUUUCGUUCAGCCAUGCAAACUUUGAUGAAUUCAACCCACAUUUCACCCACUAAUCCAAUUAAAACCUCCAUUAAAUGCAUUUCUCCCAGAAAAUUUUCUAACCCAUCUCCAGUUUUGAAGUUUUCUAAUGAAAAUGGGUUUAAGCCUUCUUCAAUUUCUUUGAAGGCCGUUGCACAGAAUUCUAAUCCUGUGGAUUCUCGCCCUCUUAUUGUCAUUGAUAAUUAUGAUAGCUUCACUUAUAAUCUUUGUCAGUAUGUGGGAGAAUUAGGUACGUACUUCGAGGUAUACAGAAAUGACGAGAUUUCUGUGGAAGAAUUGAAAAGGAAAAAUCCAAGGGGAAUCCUUAUAUCUCCAGGUCCAGGUGCACCUCAAGACUCAGGUAUCUCAUUAGCUACUGUGUUGGAAUUGGGCCCCACUGUACCAAUAUUUGGUGUUUGUAUGGGCUUGCAGUGCAUUGGAGAGGCUUUUGGAGGGAAGGUUGUCCGCUCCCCAUAUGGGGUCAUGCAUGGGAAAAGCUCACCUGUUUACUAUGAUGAGGGGGGGAGUCAAGGCUUAUUUUCAGGCUUACCGAAUCCCUUCACUGCCGCGAGAUAUCACAGCCUUGUGGUUGAAAGAGAUGGCUUCCCGGAGGAGCUUGAGAUUACUGCUUGGACUGAGGAUGGAUUGGUCAUGGCUGCUCGUCAUAAAGAAUAUAAAUAUUUACAGGGGGUUCAGUUUCAUCCUGAAAGUGUUCUCACUCCAGAAGGAAUGGGGAUUAUCAAAAAUUUCAUUAAAAUGAUUGACAGUAACGAAACAAACAGUUCGUCAUAGCAGCUUUCGUAAGCAUUUAAGGUGUUGUGAUAGUCGUGUAAUCUUUUCGAGAACAAAAUAUUUAAUGUGCUUUAUUAUGUCAAUAGCUUUUGUGUGGCAACAAGCUCAAGGUAACCUUAGUUAGUAACUAAGUUGAAUCUUUUGCUGUUGUAAUCAACUAGGCUUGAUUCAUAAACUCCAAUUUGAAAAAACAUGAUCUAUUUUGGGAUGGAACAAACUUCUCUUUCCAAGAGUUCCAUGUCUUUCUACUUGCGUAAUAAGGAAUGGGAAUAAAAAUAACUUUUUUCUAAAAGGAACAUCAUUUUGAUUUUCACUGUCCCUUCUUGGCUCUACACUUCCCCCACUCAUAUCCAAUACGAUUCAUUCAAAAGACAAUACAAAUUAAAACAAAAGGUCCUCAAAAUAAUUGGGUCUCGACAAGUAAUAUAUAUUCUCGCAAACCCUGUUAAAAAAAAAACAAAAAUCUUCACCAACCUUUUUUGGAUUACUAUGAGGAUUUGGAAAGUGAUGAGAUUGAUUGAAUUUAUCUUAAUUUUCUUCACUUGUGAAGUCUGUGUUUUCCAUGUGAGU